AACAUACAAAUCAUCAUGAGUUCAAAAGCGAAGAAAGAGAUUUUAUAUGAAGAUUUUGAACCAGCUUUUAAUUGGGUUCGUGAAGAAGAAAGUGACACCCUUGUUGUUUUGCUUUCAGGAUUUAGGAGAGAGGAAAUGAAGGUUCAAAUAGCCACAAACCGUAUCCUGAAGGUGAGUGGUGAACAGAAACUGGAGGACAAAAAAUCAGUUCGACGUCGUUUCUACAGAGAAUUUUCAGUUCCUAGAGAUAUAAACAUCAAUCUGAUAUCUGCCAGGUUUGAAGAUGGGAAGCUAUACAUCAAGCUUCCAAAAACAGUGAUGAAGAAGAAGGAGGAAGAAGACAGUAAUGAUAAUAAGAAACAAGUGUGGAAAUGGGUUGGGUUUAUUGUGGCCUUAUUAAUGCUGGUUUUGGUGAUUGGGAUUGGGAUUAGAAAUAAUGCGAUGCAGGAUUAUUCAUCAUCUCUUGGAACAUCUGAUGAUAUCCAACAGCUGCUUUUCGAUGUGUAAAAAUAUAUCAUCAAUACUUUAAUUUCAUGUGUUCUCUUCAAAUUUGUGGGUGAAAAUCAAAUGUGACAUUAAUUAAUUAAUAUCAAUGUAAAUAUUAUUAA